GGCCAGGCGCCAGAGACGCCGCGCCUUCCCUUGCCGGCGCGCCGACGGGACUGUCCGGGGAGCGCGCGGGCUGAUGGAGGCACCUCCUCGCCCCGCCUGAGCUCAGGAGGGGCAAGCGCGGGGCGCCGGGCCGCCUCCGGGCCGCCAGAGCGGCGGCGCGAACAGCUGGAGGAGGAGCGGCGGCGCCGGGCUUCUCCCCGCGGGGGCCCCCAGCAUGGUUGACUAUAUUGUGGAGUAUGACUAUGAUGCUGUGCAUGAUGAUGAAUUAACUAUUCGAGUUGGGGAAAUCAUCAGGAAUGUGAAAAAACUACAGGAGGAAGGAUGGCUAGAAGGAGAACUAAAUGGGAGAAGAGGAAUGUUUCCUGAUAAUUUUGUUAAGGAAAUUAAGAGAGAAACAGAAUCCAAGGAUGACAAUUUGCCCAUCAGACGGGAAAGGCAUGGGAAUGUAGCAAGUCUUGUACAACGAAUAAGCACCUAUGGACUUCCAGCUGGAGGAAUUCAGCCACAUCCACCAACUAAAAACAUUAAAAAAAAGAUCAAGAAGCGGCAAUGUAAGGUUCUGUUUGAGUACAUUCCACAAAAUGAUGAUGAACUGGAGUUGAAAGUGGGAGAUAUUAUUGAUAUUAAUGAUGAGGUAGAAGAAGGCUGGUGGAGUGGAACCCUGAACAAUAAGUUGGGACUGUUUCCCUCAAAUUUUGUGAAAGAAUUAGAGAUAACAGAUGAUGGUGAAACUCAUGAAGCCCAGGAGGAUUCAGAAUCUGUUUGGACUGGGCCCACCUUAUCUUUCCCCUCUCAGGGGAAUGGGAAUGAAACUGCACCCGGAUCCGUGACACAGCCAAAGAAAAUUCGAGGGAUUGGAUUUGGAGAUAUUUUUAAAGAAGGCUCUGUGAAACUUAGGACAAGAGCAUCCAGUAGUGAAACAGAAGAGAAAAAAUCAGAAAAGCCCUCAAUCAUACAGUCACUAGGAUCCAGAACUCAGAACACGGAGAUAACAAAAUCAGACACUGAAGGUAAAACAAAAGCUAAGGAAUAUUGUAGAGCGUUAUUUGCCUAUGAAGGUACUAAUGAAGAUGAACUUACUUUUAAAGAGGGAGACAUAAUCCACUUGAUAAGUAAGGAGACUGGAGAAACUGGCUGGUGGAAGGGUGAACUUAAUGGUAAAGAAGGAGUAUUUCCGGACAAUUUUGCUGUUCAGUUAAAUGAACUGGAUAAGGACUUUCCAAAACCAAAGAAACCACCACCUCCUGCUAAGGGUCCAGCCCCAAAGCCUGAGCCGAUAUCUAUAGAGAAAAAGUAUUUUCCUGUAAAGCCUGAAGAAAGAGAUGAAAAAUCCAUGCUGGACCAGAAACCUUCUAAACCAGCUGCUCCACAAGUUCCACCGAAGAAGCCUACUCCACCCACCAAAGUCAAUAAUUUAUUGAGAUCUUCUGGAACAGUAUACCCAAAGCGACCUGAGAAACCAGUUCCUCCACUACCACCUGUAGCCAGGAUUAAUGGGGAAGUGCCUGCCAUUUCAUCAAAAUUUGAAACUGAGCCAGUAUCAAAACCAAAGUUAGAUUCUGAACAGUCACCACUUAGACCAAAAUCAGUAGAUCUAGAUUCAUUUACAAUUAGGAGCUUUAAAGAAACAGAUAUUGUGAAUUUUGAUGACAUAGCUUCCUCAGAAAACUUACUCCAUCUCACUGCAAACAGACCGAAGAUGCCUGGAAGAAGAUUGCCUGGCCGCUUCAAUGGCGGGCAUUCUCCAACUCAAAGCCCAGAAAAAAUCUUGAAGUCACCCAAAGAAGAAGAUAGUGCCAACAUAAAGCCAUCUGAAUUUAAAAAGGAUUCUUGCAACUCUCCAAAGCCAUCUCUGUACCUUUCAACACCUUCAAGUCCUUCAAAACCAAAUGCGGCUAGUUUUUUAACUCCAUUAGAAAUCAAAGCUAAAUUAGAAGCAGACGAUGGGAAAAAAAGUUCCCUGGAUGAAAUUAAAGCUGAGAUGAUUGAACUGCUGUGCAUUGUGGAAGCACUGAAAAAGGAGCAUGGGAAAGAACUGGAAAAACUACGAAAAGAUUUGGAAGAAGAGAAGGCACUGAGAAGUAAUCUAGAGGUAGAAAUCGAGAAGCUGAAAAAAGCUGUCCUGUCUUCUUGAAGAGGCACAGACCCAGUAUUUAUAAUGAAAUGGGGAUUCAGAGGCAACACUAUGAACUUCAAUUGACUUGUUACUUAAAAAUAACAAAUGCUGAUGUUGUGGGAAAGAAAUAUGAGUAUAUGAACUAUAAUAUCUAUAGAAAAGUAGGGGGAGGGUGAAUUUUUUUUAUAUAUUUUGCUUUGCCAAUAUGAGGGGGAAAAGAGGCCUUAUUUCUUACAUGCUGGGAUUGCAAACUUCUUUUUUAGUUUGCUUGAAAAUACUACUGAAUCUGUAUAAAAAGGAAAAUUCACAAUAGUUUUUUUUAUUGAAAUGUAUUAUUUUUAAAGAGAUCUAUACUAUAAAUAUGGUGAUAUCUUUACAAAUAAUCUGUAAAAUAUACUAUUUGAGAGGGACAAAUUAGCUUUAUAGUAACUAUAGUCACUACGUUAUACUUAGGGGAUAUGUACUUUGUGUGUAUAUAUAUAAAUAUGUAUUUUUUCUUUCACUUUUAGCUUCUUACCCAGGAUGACACUGUUGUGCCUGUUUGUUUGCAGUGCUGUUUAUAUUCUGGGCGAUGUAAUGGGAGUUUUCUAGCUGUAUCCAGAUUACUCACCCAUGCAUAUAGGAAUAUCUAAUGAAUUAAUCAAAAUAAUUUCUUCUGCUUUUAGAAUAUUUCAUAUUGCUUGCACUAUAGGAUUUAUAAAAGGAAUUUAGUUAAGAUAUAUUGGAUUGUUAAAUAUAUUUGGAAAAAUACGAGCUAUAUUUUAAAUUCAUUGGGUAUAAAGAACUAAAAAUGUCAAUUUAUGUCAAUUUAACCCUUAACUUGUUGUGCCUAAAAACUACAGCACAUACAUGAUACGCAAACACCAGCCUUAUUGCUGUGCUUUUCUGCUUAUUUUACAGGCUUCUCUAUUACCCAUUUCAUAAUCUUGUGAUUUAAUCCUUUAUGCCCCUUCCUCUGAUUUUUAAUAAUUGUAAACAAAACUCAAAACUUUCAGAAGUUCAGUGUGAGGUUUCAUACUUUGACAAGUUAUCAUUAUGUAAAUGCUAGAUUUUACAAUGUUUAAUUGACCUAAUAGACCAAACUAAGUGGUGGAGAUAUUUUGGACUGUGAUUUAGGAAGCAACUUCAUAAAGAGUGUUAAUAUAUCAUUAAAUCGUAGCUUAUUUAAAACCAAAUGUAGUUGACCAUAUUAAAAAUGCAUUUUCACAAAAUGGAUGAAUUAGCAGUUCUUUCAGAGUCAUUUAUGAACAGUUGGAUAUUUUAAAGUGUUAUAUGUGUAGUCUGAAAAUGUCCGUUUUUAUAAUAAAAGUAGAAAUUUGACAUUCUUCAUUUGCAAAAUAAUUUAGAUUUUAAGAUUUUUUUUAUUGCAAAUGAUUUAGAUUUUGAGUACCCUCUAUCAUGCUUCCUUUUUAUGUUAUUUUAAAGCACCAAACCAAUAUUUUUCCUUUAAAGUUUUGAUCUUAUAAUUCUGAAAUCUUGUAUUAAUUUUGUCACAUUUCAAAUAAAAUAACUAAAGCCAAAAAUAGUAGAAAUUCCAAUUCAUAAUUACUUCAUAUUAGAUUCACAACUUACAUGAGUGUUUGGAGCAAACUUAUUGUGUUGAAUAUGUAUGUUUUAACUCUUUCAAAUCCUUGGGCUCUUCUGAUGAGGUCAUUACUGAACAAAAUUGUUUACUCCUAUUCUAAUGUUUUUAAAUGACUUGUCAAAUGAAUGAUUUCCUUCUUGUUAAAUAAGUUAGACCUUACUUUCUUUUAAUGAAAGUCCACAAGUAGAAAUGAACAGUGUGUCCUAGAAAUCAUCCUCAGCUUUCUGUCUGAAAAAAAUCUCUACGUGGCCCCUCCUCCCCCUAAUAAUGGGGUGGGGAAGUUUCCAGCCGACUUCAGGCUAUUGUUAGUUUCUGUUGGUCAUUUUCUCACUAGCACAUAAAGGCAAGAUGGUCAUGAGUCCAGAAAUACAUUUAAAGUGUUUGCUUAUAAACUUCCUCAAUCAGAAUAGAAAAGUAAUUAAAGUACUGUCUCUAUUUUUCUACCUUUGACCAAAAAGUAGAGAAAACCAAACAAACUCAAAGGGAAAACUGGUUACUUAAAUCUAGCAAGUUACCAGUAUUUGUCCUUGAUAUGGGAAUUUUGUUAAUUCCUAUUCAUAAAGUUUAUAACACAAAAUGGUGUGUAACAAUAACAGCCUUUACUUGGGGGUAAAUCAUUAUUAUUUGCUCUGAGAACAUAAAUGACAGACGGGUGAGUAGCACGGAAUCUGUCAUUGCCAAGUUAUUUGUGAAUGUAUCGUUCAGGUUGCUGUUUUUUGAAACACAAUAUUACUAAUUUUCCUAAUUGUGCUUCAAUAUUAGAAGUAGUAUGUGUGUGCACACGUGUGUGACCACAAAGCUCCUUUACAGAAUUUAAUUCUGAAGCUUCUUCAGAAAAUCUAAGUCUGCAGAUGGGAGAAAGGAAAGUGGGCCUGGAGUAACAGAUGAUUCUUUUUUAUAUGCUUCUUGCUGUGAUCAUUGAAACCAAACCCAAGUGCUCUCUAGGUGUUGGCAAACAUUUUAUGCUGCAUUUAAACUUGAAAUGUAUGAACAGAAGGAGACAAUCAGUUGAAACCAGAAAUGAGAAGUGUUACAAACUUAAUGGCCUUGUUUUGCUAUAGCAAUAAAAUGACCAAGUGCAAUGACUUGAUUUAAUAAAGUCAUCUUUUAGAAGUUGCUGCUAUAUUUUUAGCCAUGAAAUUUUACCUUUGUUUUUGCCUAACUUGCCUUUAGUAACUGUUGCCUACAUAACUGUUAUGUAAUGCAGUUUGGUGUUGUAGUAUGCUAACAUUCCGUGGUGGGUGGGAAAAAAUAUAUAUAAAAACUCAGAAACUCAACACUCACUGACUUGUUUACAGGUGCUGUAAAAAAAAAAAAAAAAGCAUGCUUCUCCUUUAAAAAGAAAAAAUUAAUAAUAAAAAA